CGGCGCGUCUGUCCUGUCCCGUCAGUCCCGACCUGCUCCGCCCCGGCUGCGCGACUCAGCGCUGCCCUCGCCAGCACCGCCUCCAGACAUGAUGGACGGUCCUCGUUCCGAUGUGGGCCGCUGGGGCGGGAACCCCUGGCAGCCCCCCACCACACCCUCCCCGGAGCCGGAGCCCGACAGACGGUCCCGCAGAGGAAGCCGCUCCUUCUGGGCUCGAUGCUGCAGCUGCUGCUCCUGCCGGAGUGGGGCGGACGAUGACUGGGGGCCUGAGCCCCACAGAGACUCCAGGGGUCGAGGGUCCAGCUCUGGGGGACGGAGACCCGGCUCCCGGGGCUCAGACUCCCGCCGGCCGAUCUCACGGGGCAGCGGCGUGAAUGCGGCUGGAGAUGGAGCCAUCCGAGAGGGCAUGUUGGUGGUGACGGGUGUGGAUCUGCUGAGUUCACGCUCGGACCAGAACCGCCGAGAGCACCACACGGACGAGUUCGAGUACGACGAGCUGAUCCUGCGCCGCGGGCAGCCUUUCCACAUGGUGCUCUUCCUGUCUCGGCCCUAUGAGUCCUCCGAUCGUGUCAUCCUGGAGCUGCACAUUGGAAACAACCCCGAGGUGGGCAAGGGCACCCAUGUGAUCAUCCCAGUGGGCAAGGGCGGCAGUGGAGGCUGGAAGGCCCAGGUGACCAAGUCCAGUGGGCAGAAUCUGAACCUACGGGUCCACACCUCCCCCAACGCCAUCAUCGGCAAGUUUCAGUUCACAGUCCGCACACAUUCGGAUGCUGGCGAGUUCCUGUUGCCCUUCGACCCCCACAAUGAGAUCUACAUCCUCUUCAAUCCCUGGUGUCCAGAGGACAUCGUGUACGUGGACCAUGAGGACUGGCGGCAGGAGUAUGUGCUUAACGAGUCUGGGAGAAUUUACUACGGGACUGAAGCACAGAUUGGCGAGCGGACGUGGAACUACGGCCAGUUUGAUCAUGGGGUGCUGGAUGCCUGCCUGUACAUCCUGGACCGGCGGGGCAUGCCAUAUGGAGGCCGUGGGGACCCAGUCAGUGUGUCCCGGGUCAUCUCUGCCAUGGUGAACUCCUUAGAUGACAAUGGGGUCCUGAUUGGGAACUGGUCUGGUGAUUACUCCCGAGGCACCAACCCGUCAGCGUGGGUGGGCAGCGUGGAGAUCCUACUCAGCUACCUGCGCACCGGCUAUUCUGUCCCCUAUGGCCAAUGCUGGGUCUUUGCCGGUGUGACCACCACAGUUUUGCGCUGCUUGGGCCUGGCUACUCGUACCGUCACCAACUUCAACUCAGCGCAUGACACAGACACGUCCCUCACCAUGGACAUCUACUUCGACGAGAACAUGAAGCCGCUCGAGCACCUGAACCACGAUUCUGUCUGGAACUUCCACGUGUGGAACGACUGCUGGAUGAAGAGGCCAGAUCUGCCCUCAGGCUUCGAUGGUUGGCAGGUUGUGGAUGCCACACCCCAGGAGACCAGCAGUGGCAUCUUCUGCUGUGGCCCUUGCUCCGUGCAGUCCGUCAAGAAUGGCCUGGUCUACAUGAAGUACGACACACCCUUCAUUUUCGCCGAGGUGAACAGUGACAAGGUUUACUGGCAGCGGCAGGACGAUGGCAGCUUCAAGAUUGUGUACGUGGAGGAGAAGGCCAUUGGCACACUCAUCAUCACAAAGGCCAUUGGCUCCAACAUGCAGGAGGAUGUCACCCACAUUUAUAAGCACCCAGAAGGCUCAGCAGCAGAGCGUAAGGCAGUGGAGACAGCAACCGCCCACGGCAGCAAACCCAACGUGUACGCCACCCGGGACUCAGCUGAGGAUGUGGCGAUACAGGUGGAGGCCCAGGACGCGGUGAUGGGGCAGGAUCUGUCCGUCAGCGUGGUGCUGACCAAUCGCAGCAGCAGCAGCAGCCGCACUGUGAAGCUACACCUCUACCUCUCAGUCACCUUCUACACCGGUGUCACCGGGUCCGUCUUCAAGGAGAGCAAGAAGGAAGUGGUGCUGGCUCCAGGGGCCUCGGACCGUGUGACCAUGCCGGUGGCCUACAAGGAAUACAAGCCCCACCUUGUGGACCAGGGGGCCAUGCUGCUCAACGUCUCGGGCCACGUCAAGGAGAGCGGGCAGGUGCUGGCCAAGCAGCACACCUUCCGUCUGCGCACCCCGGACCUCUCCCUCACGUUGUUGGGAGCAGCUGUGGUUGGCCAGGAGUGCGAAGUACAGAUUGUUUUCAAGAACCCCGUGCCUGUCACCCUCACCAACGUAGUCUUCCGGCUCGAGGGCUCCGGGUUACAGAGACCCAAGAUCCUCAACGUUGGGGACAUUGGGGGCAACGAGACGGUGACACUGCGCCAGACGUUCGUGCCUGUGCGGCCAGGGCCCCGCCAGCUCAUCGCCAGCUUGGACAGCCCCCAGCUCUCGCAGGUGCACGGUGUCAUCCAGGUGGACGUGGCCCCGGCCUCCGGCAGCCGGGGUGUCUCCUCAGAUGCCGGAGACAACAGUCGCUCAGGAGAAACUAUCCCUAUGGCUUCUCGCGGCGGGGCUUAGCCCUGGGCCAGGAGCCACGGGACUGGAGCCGGAUGAACAAGGACACUGCCUCAAGACGGGGGUCUGCUGUAGAGCCGCACCCCGGGGGCUCGGGCGGGGAGGCCGGGGAGGGAGCCUGUCUUCACUUGCACUGGGCAGCACAGAAGCUAA